GCGGCGGCCACACAGGCGGGCAGCAGCGGGGCAGAUGAGCCGCAGCAGCAGCAGCAGAGGCAGCGGGAGGAUCCAGUCGGUCCAGCCUCCACACUCUCCAUGUUGAAACACCGCAACUUCUCCUCCAGCCGACUCUGAACCGUCCAGCACAGCCACUGCCCCCGCCGGCUAACAGUCCCGUGCUAUGCCCGCUGGACUCGGGAGGAAGCCCGGAAACAACCGCAGGAGCGCCGCUGCCUACGCCGAGUGAGACAGGCUGCACCCACAAAGGAUCCUGGAUGCGGUGUCUCCUGCGGCUCAUGUGAAAGAGGACGAGCAGGUUGUCAGGAUGAAGGAGGAGAAUUUGUUCCAUCGGAGGUUUUCUCUGUGCCCCAACGCCACCUCCCCACCCAAAAUUGACCCCCGCACCCUCACCCGGAACUUGUCUUAUGGAGGAGACAACGAUCUCUAUGACCUCAGCCCAGGCAGUGAGACAGACAGGAACGGCCUCUCCAUGCUGAGUAAUGAACUUAGUCCUGCCCAAUCACCAGGCAGCACGUCUGAGUCCAGGAUGUUUAAUGGUGUUGAGAAGGAGUGUCCCUCCCCCACAGAGAAGCUGGCUCGGAAGGAGUCUCUCAAGGUCCAAAAGCAGAAUUACAGGACGGAGAAGAAACGGGCAGCUAAAGAACUGUUCACUGCACUAAAGGACCCCAGUGUUGUCAUCAUGGCAAACUGGCUUAAGAUCCGAGGCUCUUUAAAGAGUUGGACCAAGUUGUGGUGUGCCCUGAAGCCUGGAGUUCUCUUGAUUUAUAAGACCCCCAAAACAGACCACUGGGUGGGCACCAUCCUCCUCAGUGCAUGCAAGCUGAUCGAGAGACCUUCAAAGAAGGACGGUUUCUGUUUCAAGCUCUACCAUCCGCUGGACAAAUCUGUCUGGGCUAUUAAGGGUCCCAAAGGAGAGACCGUUGGCUCCAUUACGCAGCCUCUACCCAGCAACUACCUAAUCUUCAGAGCUGCCUCAGAGUCGGAUGGCCGAUGCUGGAUGGAUGCCUUGGAGCUGGCUCUCAGCUGCUCCAGUCUCUACAAGCUGACAGCCAAAGCAGGGAGAGAAGGAGAUAUCUGCACGUCUUCAGAGUCCUCCCAUAUACUCCAGCUGCUGCAGUCUACCGCACUCACUGAGACAGAGUUGCUACAGUUGAAUGACGCCGUGCUUCUGGGCAAUCACCACAUGGAGCAUGACGGCUUUUCAGACAAAUCAGAGCGCGAGGCUCACGACGACUGGGACACCACGCCCAAUGAGAACGGUGGUCGGCUGACAGAGGAGAGUGACAUGGACCAAUCGGAUGAGCUGUCCCCCGGGCCACAGGCCACAGCCUAUGUAGAGCAGAGCGCAGAGGAGAUGGCUGAGGCUGGGGAGGCGUCCCAGGUUGAAACUGUAUCCGAGGAGAACAAGGGCCUGAUCUGGACCCUGCUGAAGCAGCUGCGCCCGGGAAUGGACCUGUCCAAGGUGGUUCUGCCCACCUUCAUCCUGGAGCCACGUUCCUUCCUGGACAAGCUGUCUGACUACUACUACCACGCUGAUCUGCUCUCACAAGCUGCGCUGGAGGAGAGUGCAUAUGGUCGGAUCAAGCAGGUGUUGAGAUGGUACUUGUCUGGUUUCUACAAGAAGCCUAAGGGUUUGAAGAAGCCUUACAACCCAAUCCUGGGGGAGACCUUCCGCUGCUGCUGGCUUCACCCUGACACCGACAGCUGCACUUUCUACAUAGCUGAACAGGUGUCCCACCAUCCGCCCAUCUCUGCUUUUUACAUCUGCAAUAGGAAAGAUGGUUUUCAUAUUAAUGGAAGCAUCCUGGCCAAGUCGAAGUUCUAUGGAAACUCUCUGUCUGCUAUUCUUGAUGGAAAAGCGAAGCUGCUGUUCUUCAGCAGAGAUGAGGAGUAUGUCAUCACAAUGCCCUAUGCUCACUGCAAAGGUAUCCUGUAUGGCACCAUGACACUGGAGCUGGGAGGGAAGGUCACCAUCGAGUGUGAGAAAACCAAAUGUUUCACAGAGCUGGAGUUCAAACUAAAGCCUUUCCUUGGAGGCUCCUGCUCCGUGAAUCAGAUCAGCGGGAAGAUCGUUGUCGGAGAGGAGCUGGUGGCCACUGUUGAUGGACAUUGGGACAGUGAGGUGUUCAUUCAUGAAAAGCGCUCCGGCCAGCAGGAGUCGCUGUGGAACCCGAGUGCAGACAUCCGCAACAGUCGGCUCAAGAGACAAGUGGUACAAUUCGACCAGCAGGGAGAGUUCGAGUCUGAAAGACUGUGGCAGCAUGUGACCAGUGCCAUUGGGGAUCGGGACCAGAUGCGGGCCACCCAGGAAAAGUUUGUGCUGGAGGAGGCUCAGCGGCGAGAGGCCAGGGAGAGAGGAGACAAAGCCUAUACCUCACGACUUUUCCAUCAGGACCCCAUCACCUCCGACUGGACCUACAGUCACAUGGACACGCGGCCGUGGGACCCUGAGCGCUGCCUGGUUCAGUUCGAGAAGGACGGAGUGAUUCAGACGCACAAGAAACGCCAGAGGCAACACAGUGAGCUGUCGUACAGCCACAGCUGGACCAGCCAACAGAAGGCUGAGGUGAACGGGAAGCACAGGAAGGCGAGCAGCCAACCGUCCAGCUGCAGCCAGAACACAGAGAGCAGCAGCACCACACCUGAACCCACACAGGAGUCCUCAGACAAUGAAGGAUUUUCAAACCAGUGUGCACGCUGCAGUAAAGACGUAAAAGACAUGGCCCUGAUGGAAGCCUCCAUCACAUCCAUACAGAAGACGCAGCAGGAUAUUCAGAGGAACCUGGUGGUCCUGAGUCGUCAGCUGGCUCGUCAGAGGGAGACAGAGGACGGCGUGUCGUUAACAGGCCGCCACUGUCUCAUCCUCUGUGUUCUGCUCCUCUCUCAGCUCCUCCUCAACUACGUCUUCACCUGAGCCUGCCCCUCAGGGAGGGAGUUUUCUUCCAGCACUGAUUUGACAAGAGACCUUCCAGAAAGCACAGACUCUAAUCACCAGUGGGGGCAAAGACCUCAGAUCAGUGUCAGGAGGGCAACUUUGUCCCGUUUGCUUCCUCCACGAAGGGAGGAGCACAGACAUUAUAGCAAUAAACACAGCCACCGCCUGUCACUCAUCUGCUGAGAGAAACAGCACCCCCUAGUGUAGCCAGACUGAAACAGCACCGGCACCCACGCACUUUGGACAGGAAAGGAGGGAUGAGAGACAAGCACGGCUGAAAAGAUUUCGAAUAUGAAGAUGAAAUGUAUGAUGAAGAAUGAUUUCACUAAAAGAAAUGACAGAGAGGAUGUUUCACCAUUCCUUAGUGUCUUUUUAUAUCGCCCUGUAAUACUGUGUAUCUGUGAGUGUGCUUGUAUGUGUGUUGUACGUGUCCACAGUAGGGCCCUAUGGGCGCAGGCAGAACACCUCUUGGACUUCUCCUUCUCCCCUUCCACUCCAGAUUUUUGGGCCUUAACGCUGAAGCCAAAAAAGAAGAAGAUGAUGAAGAGGAAGAAAAAACGCAACCUAUAUAAACGAAGAAGGAAAAAUCUUCCAACAGUGCAAUUCUGUGUUUUGUAUCGAUAUGCGCUCAAAUACACUCUGUCUCGUCUUUUAAUGAUGAUGAUGAUUUUACCAAAACAGUAUUUAUAAUCUGACAGAACAAAGAGUACUUGUUUACAGGGAGCACUGUGUGCGUUCGUUGCGAGAAGGAAGGAUCAUGGGAGCGAGGCGGGGCAUAGAGCCAAACAGUGUCUUUGAAUUUGUGUGCCUGUAGAGCCGUAGCUGAAGGGAUGAUAGUAAAGCAAAAGGCUUUGGUCUAGACCACGACACUCGUGUGUACAAUCAGUUACGUAAAGAAGCAGAAUGUGGCGGAAGAAAGGGCGAGAACAAGUGGAGACAAAUAAAUUGGAUACUUGGGCCUAAUAGAAGGAGAUUGUGUGUGUGUGUGUGUGUGCAUCUCGGUCCACGCUAUGUUCAUGUUCACUGUUUUAUGAUGUAAACACUUAGUAAUGAGUUACUUUUAUCUUUUAAUCACUUUGUAUAUAUUUGUCAAGCGGUCUGUGUUUAAAAAAAAUGAGAUUUCAGAAUGUAUUUAUUGGGUGAUUAACCUAGACUUUCCUAAUCUAAUUCAGUUUGGAGGACUGAGACCAGGGGUGACAAUCGCUCUCCCAUGGAUGGAUGUGUGUGUUUCUGUGUGUGUAGGUCAGUUUGAGGGAGCACAUGUGUGCAAGUAAGCCAUUAUAAGUUGUGCUAAAAGAGGCCAGGUCUGUGCGCUUGCUUCUCCAACGUUGAAUUGCCAGUAGAAUCAGAGAGCACAUGAAGAAUUUCGACUCUUUGAAUGCUUUUAUUUACACCUUUUAUUUGUAUAUUCUUUUUUUUUUCUUUCAUUUCCCUGUUUUCUACUCUACUGCCAUGCCGUGGGGAUUCUACCUGCCAGAUACUUUUGUUAUAUGGAAUCAAACUACAGAGAACAUGACGUCGCCCGAUGUUUUCAUGCAUACCUGUUGCGUACUGUAGCACUACAGUAAAAAUACUUAAAGCCUGA